CUGCACAAGCGGCUUGCUGAGUCCAUGUGAGUCGUCCUUGUGUGGAAACUGCUUGGCUUUCUUUCAGCAUUGGUGCUUUCACUCAAAUAUGGGUUUCAGUCCUGCUCCAUUGAUUCCAACACAAACACUUCGGCUGAAAAUCUUAAGCUGUACUGAAGCAGUACUUCACCACUGGAGCUGCAGACUUUUGAGGCAGUAUUCUGUGUGAUUCCUUAGUAGCAGAUGUAUGGUAAUCUGGAGCAGUUCUGACCUUCUAUCUGAACAGAUCAAUAUGGAACGCCAUAUCCCUGUUCACCCUUUACCUGAAGAUAUCCAGCAGAUGCCUCAGAAUGAGACAGUUUGUAAAUAUUGCGGGGUUAGUUAUCUGAUACAUCAUGAAUUCAAGUUAAUGGAAGAAAAACUAAAAGCAAUGGAAGCAGAAUUGGAGUUUUACCGUGGCAGUGUAGCCCGGGAAAAAACUCUGCAAAGAGAGCUUUGUUCAAUAAAUCAGUGCAUGGAGCAACUGAAAAAUGAUAAUCAAGAGAAGAAAGAAAGUUUGAACUUUUUGAAUGGGCAACUUGCAGCUAAGCAGAAAGAACUGGAAGACGCAUUUCUGAAAAUGGAUGGUGUUUCAGACCAGCUAAUAGAAGCACAGAGCCAACUAAAACUGUACAGAGAAAGAGCAAAGCAGCAAGGGCACGUUGUGGAGAAAGCAGACACUUUCCUUCAAGGAAUAAGGACUGAGCUGGCCAUGCUGAAGGAAGAUGUAAGGGACAAUUUGAUGUUAUGGGACCCUUUCAGCAAAUCAUUGGCACAAUGUCUGAAGGUUGCCAACAGUUCCAUACAGAUGGAAAUUUUUCAAUUGCAAGAAAGCCUUAAGAGAUCUAAUGAAGAGGUGGAUAUCCUUCAGAAUCAAGUAAAAGAGCUACAUGUUUCAACAAAUACAGUUGCAUUACAAAGCCAGCAAAUUGAUGAUUUAGCACAGAAGAAGACUGAACUUGAAAUCAGAUGUCAUGAUUUACAGGAACAAGCACUUGUUCUAGAAAAGCAAUUCAUUAUUCAGCAGCUUAAUUUCCAAAAAGUUACUGAAGAAAUGGAACACUACAAGGAGUUGUUAUUGAAUAAAUCUGAAGUGGAAGAUCUUCUGUCAAAAAUAAAUGAACUAGAAUGUGCACGUCAAGAACAACAAUCAAGGUAUUGCAAAGAAAUUAAAGAAAAAGAGGAAAAAUGGCUGCAUUUUGAACAGAAGUACAAAAGCUUGGAAGAACAACUGGAAGAAAAAGUCCGUAAGGAGAUAGAAGUAGAAAACCAAACUUCAAAAUCACUAGGUGAACUUCUGACUCUACAAACUGCCCUGAGUCAAGCAGAAGAGAAGCUUGCUGCAUUAACACAGGAAAGGGAACAGAUGAUAGUUUCACAUCAAAAUAGGAUUGAGCAACUACAAGAAAGCUUUAGACAGAAAUUAAGAAAUGAAGAAAGCUGGAGAGAAAAAAUGGAUUCAGAGCUGUCCAAGCAGCAUGAGAAACACUGCACAGAACUCAAAGAGUUAACACAGCAAAUGAAGGAAGAGGCAAAGUUUCGAUUAGAUAUUGAGAGAGAAAGACAUCAGGAACUAAUAACUAAAUACAGAGAAGAAUUUAAGAUACUCCAGGUAAAGGUUCCUGAAUUGGUCAGUGCUGCCACCAGUAAAUUACAGAUGGAAGUAAACAGGAUGAAAUCAAAGCUUCAAGAAACCCAGUGCCAGAUAACACAGAAAGACCAUUGCAAAGAUGAUGAAAUCAGUAAACUGGUUAAAAUAAACUCUCAGCUGGAGCUUCAGUUAAAACAAGAACAGAACAAAGUAGAGUUCAUGAAUGAGGGAUUUAAGAGUGAAAUGCAUCAGAAAUCCGCAGAGAUAAGAGAAAGCAAGCAAGAGAUACUGCAACUAAAAGAGGCGCUAGACCAGGCUGAGAAAGAGAAUACCUUUCUUGCAGAAACUGUGCGCAGAGAAUGUGAGGAGCGUUACGAGCUCACUGAAGCUCUGAGUCAAGCCAAAGAACAGUUGAUGGAAUUAAAAAGACUCAGUAGAGAACCUUCACCUUCUUACUAUUCAAUCAGCCAAAGAAGUAUCAGCUCUUCUUCAAGUAAUCAGGAAUGUAAGACUCAAAGAUCUCCCUCCAACAGCAGUAGGUCUAAAGUCAAUGGCCUUCAAGGGCACCCAGCAAAAGCUAAUUCCUUACAUAGUGCUGGAUGCUCGGCUUUACCAGCCAUUCCAAUACUCCAUCCAUCCAAAGGCAGUACAUUACCUGCAAGUGAAAUCAAACAAAGGAUUGCAGCUUCAGUAAAGAGAAAAUAGUCUGCUUCCAAAUUCAAGAUGCAGGUAUUUGAGAAAGAAAUCAUCUUGAAUAGACAGUCCAUCUUUGUUCAUUCUCAUCAUGUUAGGUUCUAGAGAUGAAUUUAAACUAUGUGUUUCCUGCAAAAAAUACAAAACUGUUAUAUAUUCAUAGAAAUCCAUGAAUAAUUUUAAUACAAUUGAACAGAAUGUUUCUGACAUUACAGAACUGCUUGCUGACAAAUACAAUCACCUACUUAUGUAGAAUUCUUCCUUGUACUUUCUCGAAUGUUUGUAUACUUUCAUUUUGAGCUUGGAGGGUUACAAACCACACAAAAUGCUGGAGGAACUCAGCAAGCCAGGCAAGAUCUGUGGAAAAGAGUAGACAGUCGAUGUUUCGGGCCGAGACCCUUCAGCAAUCCUGCUGAAACAUCUCGUCCCGAAACAUUGACUACUCUUUUCCACAGAUGCUGCCUGGCCUGCUGAGUUCCUCCAGCAUUUUGUGUGUGUUGCUUAGAUUUCCAGUAUCUGCAGAUUUUCUCUUGUUUGUGAGGGUUACAAAGUACUUACAAACUAACUAAAGAUUUAACCAGAGCCCCUAAUUAAAAUGACAGAGAUCUAUGACCUUAUUUUUGUACACAUUCCAAUUCUGUCUCCUUUAAAAAUAUCCAAACAAACCACUGGGAUUCACUUCCAAACGUUAUCAACAUAUACCUUAAGUUUUGAUAAUUGGUGCUUCUGUUCCAGAUCGCCAUGCUCAUUUACCCCAUUUGUAAAUAUAUUCCUUUUCUGCAACCUUAAUCUUUGACUACUUUUAAUUAUUGUGCUCUUCACCAUACCCACCAAUUUAGUAAUCACACAGACAUACAUUUUCAUAACAUUCUUCAUCAUAAAUUACAGCAAGACUCUGUCUAUGAAGUCCACUUGGAAACCUUUUUUUUACUUCUGCAUGAUAAGACUUUGGAGUGACAGGCACUGAUAAAACUCUUCAUUGGCUUGCCAUGCACUACAUGUUGAAUGCCUUUUUCCAAAUAUCAAAGAAUUUCCAGGCCGAGAGGUCUGCAGUACCAUUAUACUUUAUUGUUGCUUCAAUGAAAUCUAUACAGGUGGUUAAAUCUAUCCUUUCAUUUUGAAAUCUGCAUUGCCUAUAUUCUUUCUCAUAAUUUUGAGUUCCAUAAAGUUUUGUGUUAAACUUUGAAUAAAGAUUCCAUUAUUUGACCUACCAUAGACAGUGAACCAUCCUAGAUUUGUUCCAUAUUCUCUUAUAAACACACGUUGCUUUAUCUUUCUAUCAAUCCUGAGACUGUUUCCUUACUGAUUUUUUGUGUAUUUAUAAAAUGUAAUCCAACCAAUGCUAUUUUAUACCUUUCAAUUUGUUUUGCAUAUCUAUUCACUUUAACUUUAUUGAUAUAUCAAGCAUCUUUUCUUGUUUCUCAUUUGAGAAUUACUUUAACUUCAAAUUAAAAGCAACAAUAAAUUUUGAAUUUGUUCUUGGUAAAUACACCAAAACAAAUUCAUCUUUCACAAUAAUAACUUGUAGCCAUGAAAACCGUAUAGUUCAGCAUUAUGAAAUUACUUAAAAUAUUUGUUUGUAAUGAUGAUUAUUUUUAAAAUACUUGAAUAGCUAAAAACAAAAAGUACAUUUUCUAAAUAAAAGUCUUCAAAUUAAUGGAAAUAAAAUCUUACUUGUUAUUUUAUUCUGUAAAGUUAACUGUGUAAUUCCCAUUUUGCUUUAAAAUCCUAUCAUAUAACAGCUGAAGACAAUUCUAAAAAGACCACUGAAACCAUAUAUAACAUUGACAAACAGGGUUCUGAAAUGUUAAAAGCACACUGAAAAAUCUAUGGGAUUUCAAAAGAAAAAUAUUAUUUUCUUAAUCUUCAGCAUCCAAUAAGUUAAAAUCAUCUGAUGCUAUUCAGCUGCUUCUGGGUCUCAAGAAUGUAUUCGGGUGUGUUCCAAAAAAGUAGGUUUGAAUCUCAGACAGUUUGAUAAACAAAUCCAUUUGAAUUCAUGAACAGUGUUAUUAUGUUUGAAGUAACACAUGGAAGAGUUUACUGGGGAAUAAUCUAUAAGCUAAUUGCUGCAUUUAUUCAAGGGCCUUUUGGUAACUGGUGGAGCACAAACUGUGCUGUCAGAUAUCAGACUUGAUGCAAGUGAAAAUGUAAUUUGAUUACGCCAGUUCAGUUCUGCUCAUUUACUUAAUUUGUUCUCUAAGUAUUUAUCAGGUAACCUUACAUUAAGUAUACACAUCAUGUUUAUUAGGGAAAGCACCACAAAUUGUAAUUAUUUUAAGCCCAUGUUGGAUUGGAUUUCAAAUUUAGGUAUUCUGAAACCAUUACUAUUUUACAAUAGUACAUGCUAACAAUAUCAAAAUGUUAAGUAAUUUCAGAUUUUCCUUUUUAAAGAAAAGGAUCAACUGAAGUUACCAACUUAUCAAAUAUAAACAUAGACUGAAGUAUUAAAAAUGUGUAAUUCUCUUCACUAACAUUUUCAGUAACCUUGAUUUUCUACUCAUGAACUCUGAUGCAAAUAAUUGAUCACACAUUUAGGCAGGCCCUCAGGCUCGAGCCACAGAAGCUUUGUGGUUUUAGGGCCUGAGGGUAAUGCACAACUCUGCUGCAGAGGUGUUUACCAGGACAUUUUGUGACAUUGUGCAUUCCUUCCAACAAUUAUGCUCCUCCAUUUCAAGUGCACAUGUGUUAGAGAUUAUUACAUGUCAUUGGGGAUGUUGCUCUUUUUCAAAGAAGCUUUGAGAAUAUUCUUGAAUUAUUUCCUUUGUCCACCAAUGUAAUAUCAUGCUGAGGCAGAGCUGUGAAUAGAAUGACUAUUUUAGGAGUCUGGUGACAGGCAUAAUAAGUGAAGAACAUAAUCAGCCCAUUGGAGCAGUCAGUGUGCAUUUGGAGCCUUGAUAUGGGAAAAUCACAGUCCUAGUUUCUAGCUCAGUAUGUUUCAGCCCCCGUUGACAAAUUAUACUCAAUGGAUAAUAUUCACUGCCCUGCUAAAAUGCAGCAUUUUUACAGUUACAUUUUCACAAUAAACAUAUGUCAGACAUCUGAACUCUAGAAACUUGGCAUAAUCAGAAGACCAUAAAGAAACAACGUACUCAGAAAGUCCAUGUGUUUCAGAGAAUAUCUUUAACAGGAGGAAAAUGUUUCAUUUUGCUAAGUCUAGUUCUCCAUGCUUAAAAAUCCACUACUCCUUAAGGUGAAGCCCAUUUGCUUUGGUUUCUGUUUAAAGAAAGAACAUCUGUGGCAAUGGGUUCUGACCACAUUAUCUUUCUUGGCAUUGCUCUUUUCCUCUUGAAUUUCAUGGAUUAUCUUUGUCAAAGUAUUAAUAAACAACUCAGACUGUUUCACUCCAAACAAAUAUCUGAUUAAAAAACCAUUAAGACUAUUUGUGCAAACGAUCUAAGUCAAAAUCAAUGUAACUUUAUUAUCGAAGUAUCAUAUGUGUGCCAUGGUAGUAUAAUAGUUAGCUCAAUGUGAUUAUAGCUCAGAGUGUUGGAGUUUAGAGAACAAUUCUGGCAUCCUCAGUAAGGAGUUUUUGUACAUCCUUUCUGUGGAAUGUAUGGUUUUUCUCUCAGUUCAGUUUCCUCCCACAGUCUAACGGCACACUAAUUAAUUGGUCAAUUGUCCCAUUAUUAAAUCAGGGUUAAAUUUUAUGAGAGAGAUCAGAGGACAAUGGCCAGACUGGUUCAGGAAGGUGAUGGUAACUCAAAAAGCAUUUGUUACAACAUUGGUGUGAAGAAGAGCAUCUGUGUGUGGAACACAUCGAACCUUGAAGUGAAUGGGCUACAGAACCAGAAGCCAUGAGCCUCUUUAUUAGGUGCCAAAUAAGGUAAUACUGAGUGUAUUGCCUGAAGAUUCCUUUUCUUGCAAUCAUUUACAGAAAAAUAGAAAUCAUUAAAAACUACACAUGAACAAAGACUGAAAAGCAAUGUGCAAAAGAAGACAAAUUGUGCAAAUAAAAAAUUAAAUGAUACUGGGAGCUUGAGUUGCAGAGUCCUUGAAAAUGUGUCUGUAGAUUGUGGAAUCAGUUCAGAUUUGUUGUGAGUGAAGUUAUUCAUGCUGGUUUAGGAGCCUAAUGGUUGUAGGGUAAUUAACUGUAGCAGUUUCAUUAUGUGAAUAAUAAUUAUGAGAGAGCUGAAUAAUAAAUCGUCUCAUAAGGAAGUACAACUGGCAAAAGAUGAGUCACAUUGUGGUUGUCACACCCAGCAGCUCACAUACAGUGCUCAUGCAAAGCCAACAACUGACCUAACCUCCUGCAGACCCAUUGACCCAAUUGAGCUGAAUACCUCACUGACAAGGCUGUUGUACAGGGUGGACUAGUCCACAAGCAGUGAAUUGGCUUCAGGAGGCAGUUUAUGAGGCAUUUUACCCAGAAUACCCUGAUGACUUUUUGACAUCUUGAGUGAAAGGCUUUUUCAAAUAUCUUUAAGUGCCUCUGAUGAUCUGCCCCUGGACUCUGAGGAAGGCAAAUGCACAAGCUCUCAUGCAUUGCAACAAGGAGAUAAAUAAUGCUCAGGUACUAUAUUCAGGACCACAUAGACCUAAAAAAAGACCUUGCCAGUGGUUCGCUUGCAUAUCACCAUCAAAAGAUCAAUUCAUUUUGGCCCUCAUUAUGCUUCUGUUUUUCAUUUCCCCUCUUGAUUGUAAAUGCUUGUUACAACUUUGGGCACAUUAUAUGAAUCAACAAUUCAUGUUUGAAAUGCUUUGCAUUUCUUUUAUUUUACUGAAACUUUAGGAAGUAUUGCUAUUUCAUUGGUUAAAAAUGUAAUAAAGGAUUCAAAUCAGA